CGGCAGCGUGGUCAUAGCAACCCAAACAGGAGGCUCACCGGUGUUAUGGUGUUUAGAGAAGAAAAUUGAUUACUCAGCCUCUGAUAAGUUAUUUUAUAGCAGUUUACUCUGCAUUCGACGUGUAAAAACAUGAGAACUUCGGGUGGAACAAAAACAAUGCUGAAGACGGAAGGAUUCACCGUGAAAUCAACUAUGAAGAACUCAGUGGUGGUGGGUCCUCCUGCAGCCGGAGCGUUCAAAGAGCGUCCUGCGAGACCUACGUCUUUCCGUAAGUUCUACGAGCGUGGAGAUUUCCCCAUUGCGCUGGAGCACGACACCAAGGGCAAUCGCAUCGCCUGGAAGGUAGAGAUUGAAAAGCUGGAUUAUCAUCACUACCUGCCGCUGUUCUUCGACGGGCUGUGUGAAACAUCUCACCCGUACGAGUUCUUCGCCCGGCAGGGUAUACAUGACAUGCUGGAGCAUGGUGGCACCAAAAUCCUGCCAGUCAUCCCUCAGCUUAUUAUCCCUCUAAAGAACGCUCUGAACACGAGGAUUCGGCAGGUGAUCUGUUCCACGCUGAAGGUUCUACAGCACCUGGUGGUGUCGGGAGAGAUGGUGGGAGAAGCUCUGGUGCCGUACUACAGGCAGAUCUUACCCAUCCUCAACAUGUUCAAGAACAUGAACAAAAACAGUGGAGACGGCAUUGAUUACAGCCAGCAGAAGCGGGAGAACAUCGGCGAUCUUAUUCAAGAGACACUGGAGGUAUUUGAGAGCUACGGAGGAGAAGAUGCCUUUAUCAACAUCAAAUACAUGGUGCCAACUUAUGAGUCCUGUCUAUUCAGCUAACACACACACACACACACACGUGCUACACCGUAUAGCCUUAUCCUACAAUUGUAUGAUUAUAUUAAACUCUUGAACUGAUUCACCAUCUUAUUCUACUGAGUCUCCUUUGUCUUACUGAAACAUUAAAGUCUUCGCUGUGAUGUCACUGUGAUGUCACUGUGAUGUCACUGUGAUGUCACUGUGAUGUCACUGUGAUGUCACUGUGAUGUCGUUGUGAUGUCACUGUGAUGUCGCUGUGAUGUCACUAUGAUGUCGCUCUGAUGUCGCUCUGAUGUCACUGUGAUUUCACUAUAAUGUCGCUCUGAUGUCACUGUGAUGUCACUAUGAUGUCGCUGUGAUGUCACUGAAUGUGUCCUUAUCUUUAAUGCAAAAUCAGAUCAGAACUUCAGAGUGUAACAGCACAACAACUACACAAUACAUUCUCAACUGGAGUCUUCACUAUAACAAUGCAAAUACAGUAAAGAAAUUGUGUGUAAGUGAUCUGAUAAUAUCUGAAGUGGGCGUGGCUUAAAGCUGAUGUUUU